AAGUGAGGCGGUGGAUGUAGCUCAUAAACUGGGCAGGCCCAUGUUGCCAGGCGAGGUUCAUUAUCAUCCUUUUUGUGCUGCGCCUGGUGAGAGUCUUCGUCUGGAAAAGUGCAAAAAAACAGCGAAGAACGCAAACUAUGCUUAGGAGAAGACCUGACAAAAGUUUUAGUUUACAAUUACUAUAUGGCUGUUUGUCUAUAUUUUCAAAUAUAGAAGGAGAUAAGAGUUUUUUCUCUCUCUUUAAUAGUACUUUUUAGUAAUAAUAGUUUAUAUUAUAAUAGUUUACUUUAUUUGUUUGAGUUUGCCAUUGUUGGUGGUGUUAAAGUUAUGUUCUAUUAAAGCCAUAGGUUUCUGCAAAGAACUCAGAAGUGACUUAAUUUUCAUUCAAGAGAUUUAUUCGUUCCUUAAUUUGGUCAUGAAUUGAUUUCCUCCUGUAGCAAACAGUGAGUCUAGUGACCUCUUGUGGUUUUUUGUUUUUUUAAGAAAACUGGAGGAAUUGAAUUUUGUUACAGUGCCCCUUCUCACUUGGUAAUUUACCCAUUAGAUUAGCAAAAUUUCAAAAACAAGUUUAAAGGACAAUAUGUUGAAAGAAGAGAAAAUCUUUAAUCUUGUUUCUUUAUAUAACAAUUCUAUCUCAGUGGAAGGGAUUUUGAUUGUUCAGGACAAAUUCCCUCCCUCAGAUACCACAGCUUCUGCCCGGAUCUCAGCGUGUCUGGCGGACAUUUCAUCAUGGAUGACAGCUCAUCAGCUGAAACGUAAUCCCAGCAAAACUGAACUGCUGGUCAUCCUGGGUGAUUCAUCCCCAGCCCAGGAUCUUGCAUUAUCUCUGAACGACUCAAUGAUCUCCCCUUCAGCCACUGCUCCCAACCUUGGGGUAACCAUGGUCCCACCAUCUCUCAGGGCAAAAGGGUGAACUCACUCCUGAACGGGGUGGUCAGCUGCAGCAUUUAGUGGACUGGGAGGGUUCAGCUUCAGUGUGAAAAGCUGCAUCAGUGUUUAUGACUCCAGCAGAUUUUACUGCAGACUUCAACAAAAACAUCACAUGAUGGAGACACACAUUAUUAUUAAUAAUAACGUCUUUGGUGUUUGGAAGUUGGCUGUCGGCAUUUCAGUUGUAGCAUGUCUUAUUGCUGUUGGAUUGAUAGUAACUGUGUUUUUUGGUUACAAGAAAGUAUCAGAGCUUCAACAGGUGAAGCAACAUGCAGAGCUUUUAAAGAGGAAGUUGUUUGCAGAGCAAUUGCAGGUGAUUGGUCCAGAAGCUCCUCUUGUUGCUGUAGCUGGUGAAGAUCUGGUUCUGCCUUGUUACAUCAAACCCAACACCAGUACUGUGGACAUGACUGUGGAGUGGUUGAGACCAGAGGAAGGACCUUUAUUAGUGCAUCUCUAUAGAGAUCAUAAAGACAGAAAUGAAGGUCAGGCUCAGUCCUACAGAGGAAGAACAUCACUGUUUAAAGAGGAGCUACAGAAAGGAAACGCUUCACUCAAACUCUCAGCUCUCCAAGUCUCUGAUGAAGGAAAAUAUAGGUGUCUAAUUGAGAACAAAUCCUGGUAUGAUGACAUCAUUCUUCAUGUUAUUGUCGAGGUUCUAGGAAGCCACCCAGUGAUCAGGAUGGAGAGUUAUGAUAACUCAGGAGGGAUUAAUCUAGUGUGUGAGUCCAGAGGCUGGAAACCUGAACCUAAGGUUCUGUGGCUGGACAGAGAAGGAGUCACUCUGCCUGCUGAAGAUAUACAGAUACACAAGGACUCUGAGGGCUUCAGUGUUAAAAGCCACAUCACUGUUUAUGAUUCUAGCGACUCCAACAGGUUUUACUGCAGACUUCAACAAAAACAUCACAUGAUGCAGACUGACAUUAUCAUUAAUAGUAAAGUCUUUGGUGUUUGGAGGAGGUUUGUCAUCAUUAUAAUUUCAUCAUGUCUUGCUGUUGGAUUGCUGGUAACCUGUCUUGUUGGAUUAAUAGCUUUUUGUUACCAGAAAGCACCUCAAAAAGACAAGCAAAAUUCAGCCUCAGAGUUUCAAAUGCAGAAGCAAAGAGCAGAGCUUCUAACAAAGAAGUUGUUUGCAGUGGAUGUGACUCUGGAUCCUGAUACAGCUCAUCAUGAACUCACUGUGUCUGCUGAUGGAAAACAAGUGACACAUGGAGACACACGACAGGAUCUCCCUGAUACACCACAGAGAUUUAUGUAUCUUUGUGUUCUGGGAACGCAGAAUUUCUCCUCGGGGAGAUUUUAUUAUGAGGUGCAGGUCAGAGGGAAAUCUGCAUGGACAUUAGGAGUAGUAAGAAAAAACAUUAACAGGAAGGAGUGGAUUCCACGGAGACCUCAGACUGGAUUCUGGACUGUGGGGCUGAGGAAUGAGAAUGAGUAUAAGGCUCAUGCUGGACCUGAUGUCUCCCUCACACUGAGACAGAAGGUGGAGGAGGUGGGGGUGUUUGUGGAUUAUGAGGAGGGUCUGGUCUCCUUUUAUGAUGUGAAGUCCAGCUCUCAUAUCUACUCUUUCACUUCUCAGUCUUUCAGUGAAAAUCUCUAUCCCUACUUCAGUCCUUGGUACGGUGUGAAUGGUAAUGCAGCACCACUGAUCAUCUCUGCUGUUACUGAAUAAAUAUCUGCUUUAACAUUUUGAACAUCCUAUACUUCUAAUCAAAUCAAAUCAAAUCUCUUUAUUGCCACAUCAUCAACACAAGUGUAGAAUAAGUGAAAUUCUUUAGUGCAGCUACAGCCAUUGCAGUUGUAAAUGUGCAACACUGAUAAAGUAUAGUUCAAAUUUAAUCAAAAAUAAGAUUAAAAGAGGAGAAAAGAAAAUAAUAAUAAAUAUAUAUAUAAUAUGUUGCAUUAUUGUGCAGUAUGUACAGUAACAAUGGCAUGAGAUACACAGCAUACUCAGUAGAUACUGCACAGUGUGUCACAGUGUAAUGUGUGUAGCAGCAAGAAUUUCAUGUACAUAGGCAGUGUACAGUGCAUAGUGUACAGAUACAGUACGUUCAAGACUGGCGAGUUAUAAAGUGCAGUGCUUUCUGAUGUUAAACUGUGAGUCAUGUGUGGUGUACUGUUAUUCCUGAUUGUUUAGUAGUCUGACAGCCUCGGUUCAGUCAGCUUGUUUUGGACUUGAUACUGCGGUAUUGCCAUCCUGAAGGCAGCAGACUGUAGCUUGUGGCUCGGAUGGCUUGGGUCUUUGAUGAUCUUUCAGGCGUUCUUCAUACAUCGGCUGACAUAAAUAUCCUGGAGGGAAGGAAGCUCACCUCCGACAAUGUGGUGAACUGCUCGGACCACUCUCUGCAGUGCUCUUCGAUUAAGAGCAGUGUAGUUGUCAUACCAGGUGGUGAUGCAGCCAGUCAGGAUGCUCUCCACAGUGCAGGUAUAGAAUGACUUUAGUAUGUUGGGGUUUGCUCUGAACUUCCUCAGACGCCUGAGGAAUAAGAGGCGCUGGUGAGCCUUCUUCACCACUGCGUUUGUGUGAACAGUCCAUGUAAGGUCCUCAGGUUCCGUUGAUGGUGAUGGGGGUAUGUUCUCUUUCCUGUCUCAUGAAGUCCACUAUUAGCUCCUUGGUCUUUUCGAUGUUGAGAGAGAGAUUGUUCUCUUGACAACAGCGUGUCAGAGUGCUCACCUCUUCUCUGUAGGCUGUCUCAUCAUUAUCUAUCAUCAGGCCUACCACUGGUGUGUCAUCAGCAAAUUUGAUGAUGGCAUUGAAGCUGUGUGUGGCUAUAGGAAUUUAUAAACACUCAUGGAUGUUACUGGAUAAUUUAGAGUUUGUUAAUAUGAUUCCUGUCAUUCAAGCUGCCAUCUGUGCUACUUUCUAGCUCUUUCACUUGAGUUGAAUUUCGAAGGUUAACUAACAUUUUCUCCACCACUAAGGAUCACCACUUAUUAUAGUUGAGCUUCUGACACUUUUAUAUAUACUUUUGACAGCAUUAUAUAGCUGUUAAAGAGGUGAGUUUUCAGGUUGGGAUACUGUUUAAUGCUGUUUAUUUUCUCCUGAACAUGUCAGUUCUUAGUGAAUAAUCUUAAUAUUUGGUAAUCAAUCAGUAAGGUUUGUGUUGUAAUUAGAUGUGGGGAUGUAUUUGAAUUAGACCUGCAUCUCUCCACAGACCUGCAGUUUUAAUCUCAGCUGAAGGUAUGGAGGAUUCACUAACAUGGCAGUAGUUAGUAACUGUGACUAAUGUGGCAUUUACAGAUUUGUUCUAUUUCCGGAUGUCUUGUUUGAAGAACAUACAAGGUUAUUAUUAUUAUUAUUAUUAUUAUUAUUAUUAAAUAUGAGCAAGAAUAUGAAGGACUUCAGCAAAUGGAGUAAUUUAAUGCUCUGGAUCCACCAUGACCCUGACCAAGACAAAUCAUUUAUUGAAGAUGAAUGAAGGAAUGAAGUGACUCACUUCCCUAAACUCCAUUUUUAGGGAUCACUAAGCAAGCAAGAAAGGAAUGAAAAUAAAGGAAAGAUGUAAAAUCACUAUGUUUUAAUAAUAUAAAAUGUAAUUUGAAAAUGUACACAUUUCACAAAUGAAUAAAGAUUAUAUAUUUAAUUCAAUUAUAUUAAACAUAUUUGUAUGAGU